UUUUUUCUUUCCUUUUCUUUGCCUUUUUUUACAUAUCAAAUAAACAGCUUUAUAGACUUUUUUUAUUUAAUUAUUACCAUUAACUUCUCCGACUUAAUUUUAUUUUCAAUCUUCCCAAUCUAAAUUACCGAUUCACCGUGGUUCUGGAUUACUCCUUUUCCAGACAAUAAAUAAUUUUCUUCAUUAGAAUAAAUAUAAGCAUUAUACAUAAUAGAUUUGUCAUCCUAGAUUCAUAUUAAACGCUAUUUAUUUAUAAUUAAUCGUGGAGAUCUCUUUAGGAGCAUUUCUUAGAAACGUUCGAAACAGCAAGAUGGCAAUACUUAAGUUGUCGUUCUUUUCUAAACAACCAGAAACGAAACCUUGGAGUUAUCCUGAAGAAUAUAAUGAAAAUAUAUCUGAAUAUUUGUACAGAAGAGAGCUAGGGAUACCAAAAUCAAGGUAUCCUGUGAACAAUUCUAGCUUUAAGUCCGGUAAAAUACCACAGUUGAUGAAAGAAAUUGAGAUUGACAUGGAAAAUCAUGAUAAAGUUUUUUCAUCACAUUGGAUAUCAUAUAACGAAGUGGUUGUAGGAACAAAAUGCAAUAAGUUGUUAAUCCUUAACGUUCAAACAAAUAAAAGAUUCGAAAUUCCAUUAGUUUGUGAGCAAAAUUUAGACUCAACACAAGAAAUUCGAAACUGUUCAGGAAUACGUAGCAUCGCAGUGAACCCUUCUAAGACGCUUUUGGCUGUAGGAGCAGGGAAACCUGUCCAAGUGACAGUUUACGAAUUACCAUCAUUUGAACCUGUUGCCGUAUUUUCAGGCCAUAGUGAUCUUGUUUUUUCAGUCGCGUGGCUAGACGAUUAUCAUUUGGUAUCAGGAUCACGUGAUGGUACAAUCCGGCUUUGGUCUAUCGAAUCGAAGAUUAUUUCAGAGAUGCCUUUAUUGCCAAACAAAUACAUCAAUGUACAUCAACCUUUACUUUCCCGAUCUGAAUUAGGUGGUAAAGUGCGAGACUUACAAUUUAAUCCUAAAACUGAGCAAAUCAUGACUCUUUCUACUGAAGGUUAUGUACGAUUGUGGGAUGCAUCAUACCUUAAUGGGAUUACCAAAAUCCCGUUAACACAUACAAAUGAGAAUGUAUGCCUGACAAUGAAUUCGAAAGCAAAUUUAUUUGCUGUGGGAUCUCAAGAACAUAUAUCGGUUGUUGAUCCACGAACUUCAUCAAUAGUUCAUGAGAUUAGUUCGGUCGAUGAAGGAUGUGGUGUAAGAUCUCUUAGUUUUAAUAAUCAUAUGAUAACAACCGGUGGAGGUUAUGGAAGAAUAUCCUUUUAUGAUUUACGUGCACAACAAUAUUUAUGUUUUCCUCCAGAAUCUAACUCUGACAAAUCUUUAGUACUUGAUUAUAAGGAAACCGGUGUCGGUUGGCUGAAUCGUGAUUCAGUUUAUAUGAACCAUUUUGCUGGUUAUUCUAUACAGAAUGCGGUUUAUGCUCUUUCAUAUGAUGAUUCGGGCACCAAAUUAUUUACCGGAGGUGGUCCAUUACAACUUGAUUUAAAAGGGUCAUAUGCAGCAAUAUGGUCAUGAAAUGAUUGAGUUUUGAAAUUUUUAGGAACAUUAAGGAUACUAGAAAUAGAUGUAUAUUCAUUCAUUUUUUCAAACUAAAUUUUAUAUAUAGAUUACGAACAUUCAUUUAUUUAUUUAUUUAUUUAUUUGUUGUUUGUUUGUUUGUUUAAGACGAAUAAACAAAUUGGGGAUGGGGAAGGGGAUUAUUUAGAUAUUUAGUUUUUUUUUCAUUUUAGUCUGAUGUAUAGUAGAAUAACUUCUUGUCAUUUCUGUGAUUGCAAUUGUAAUUUUUAUUACUAGAAACUCAUUUUUUUUACGCAUUACUUCCAUAUAUAAUAUAUUAAUCAUCACUCAUACAACAAUAAUUUCCCCUUCGAAUAAAUUGAAUAUCUAAAAGAUUUGAAAAAUAAUUAUAUUCUACUUCUAUACUUAUGUCAAAUCUCUCAUGUGAAUUAAACGGUAUCUAGAAUAUUAGACUCAU